CUGCAGCUUCUAGGACCCAGUUUCUUUUACUGAUUUCAAAAGAAAACAAAAACAAAAAAAAUAAAAAAGUUGUGCCUGAAAUGAAUCUUGUUUUUUUUAUAAGUAGCCGCCUGGUUCCUGUGUCCUGUGAAACUACGGGCACUUGACCCUUGGUGUAGCUUCUGUUCGACUUUAUAUCAAGGGAACGGAAUGGUCUGAUUUCUUGGCCCCCAUCUUGAAUUGGCCAAAUACAGGUCCCCGGCCAGUGGACUGAAGGCUUUGUCAAAUGACAAGACAAGGGUCAGCUCAGGGGAUGUGGGGGAGGGUGCUUUUAUCUUCCUCGUUGUCGUUUGAGGUUUUGAUCUUCUCUGGGUAAAGAGGCCAUUUAUCUUUGUAAACACAUAACAUUUUUGCUUUCUCCAGUUUUCUGUUAAUGGCGAAAGAAUGGAAGCGAAUAAAGUUUUACUGAUUUUUGAGACACUAGCACCUAGUGCUUUCAUUAUUAAAACGUCCUGUAUGGGGGGAGGGGGGCGGGUCUGGGCGCGGCCUGCCGCGUGACUCCUGGGUCGGAGGCCCACGUGGCCGGGGCGGGGACUCGGGCGCCUGGGGCGCCUACUGAUUACGUAGCGGGCGGGGCCGGAAGUGCCGCUCCCUGGUGGGGGCUGUUCAUGGCGGUUCCGGGGUCUCCAACAUAUUUCUCGGUUGUAGUCCUAAUCUGUCCGAAGCGGAGGCAGCGGAGCUUGAGGUUCUUGCUGGUGUGAAAUGACUGAGUACAAACUGGUGGUGGUUGGAGCAGGUGGUGUUGGGAAAAGCGCACUGACAAUCCAGCUAAUCCAGAACCACUUUGUAGAUGAAUAUGAUCCCACCAUAGAGGAUUCUUACCGAAAACAAGUGGUUAUAGAUGGUGAAACCUGUCUGUUGGACAUACUGGAUACAGCUGGACAAGAGGAGUACAGUGCCAUGAGAGACCAAUACAUGAGGACAGGCGAAGGCUUCCUUUGUGUAUUUGCCAUCAAUAAUAGCAAAUCAUUUGCAGAUAUUAACCUCUACAGGGAACAGAUUAAACGAGUAAAAGACUCAGAUGAUGUACCUAUGGUGCUAGUAGGAAACAAGUGUGAUUUGCCAACAAGGACAGUUGACACAAAACAAGCCCAUGAACUGGCCAAGAGUUAUGGGAUUCCAUUCAUCGAAACCUCAGCCAAGACCAGACAGGGUGUUGAAGAUGCCUUUUAUACACUGGUAAGAGAAAUACGUCAGUACCGAAUGAAAAAACUCAACAGCAGUGAUGAUGGAACUCAAGGUUGUAUGGGGUUGCCGUGUGUGGUGAUGUAACGAGAUACUUUUAAAGUUCUAGCAUCAGAAAAGAGCCACUGUCAAGCUGCACUGACGCCCUGGUCUGGACUUCCCUGGAGGAGAAGUAUUCCUGUUGCUGUCUUCAGUCUCACAAAGAAGCUCCUGCUACUUCCCCAACUCUCAGUAGAUCAGUAUAAUACUCUCUUAUUUGAGAAGUUCUCAGAAUAACUACCUCCUCACUUGGUUGUCUGACCAGAGAAAUGAACCUCUUGUUAAGCCCCAGUAUUUCUCCACCCUGGGUUCUCCCCCAACACACAGACACACCUCCGCCACCCCAGGUUUUUCAUCUGAAAAGCAAUUAAUGCUCUGAAACAGAGAACCAAACUGUAGAAACAGGAAAUUCUUUAGAAAACAAUGUCUUGAGGUCUCAAGUAGCAAUUGCUGGCAAUUUUUUUUUUCUUUUUACUGUUGAACUUGGAAUUAUGUUGAUUUUUGGAGAAAUGUCAUAAAUUACUGUUAUACUGAGAAUAUAGUUAAUGUUGCUGUUUGGUUUGUAAUGUUAUCAGCUAUAUUCUAUAAACUGGCAUCUGCUCUGUAUUCAGAAAUACAAAAGUGAAUACUGACUUUUUGAGUCUAUCCUCGUCUUCUCGACUUUCUUGUAAUUAAAUCUAACUUUCACGAUGAAGUGCCUUUUUCCUGGAAGUGGUUUGUAGACUUCCUUUACAAUACUUCAGUGGAGUAGAUGUCUCAGAAACGAUUAUAAAUGAAAAUGAAUGUCUGAGAUAGGUCUAUGACCUGUCUGGCUUUGAGGGAACGAUAUACUGACAUGAUAGCAGAUGUCAUUUCUUACAUAUUUGAAGUUGGUUUUCUAGAGACCUAUUUUUGGGCUCUCCCAAGAGAAAGAUGAGACUAAAAAUGAUUAGGAACAAUUUCACUUCAUUUUUCCCUAACCUCCCCCUUUUUUUAUUUGUUUUUAGUAGUUUACUACCUACGAAAUGUAUAUAAUUUGUUUCUUCUAGCUUAUUCAUAAUCUAAUGUUCAGUGAACUUCCAUUCAUAUUUAAAUUUGGGUUGUAUCAGAUUCAUUCACAGGUGUUCAAAACUGUAAAAAUUGGAUGCAGUUUAAUAGUUGUAAUCAUUGAUUCUCCAAAUAUGUUAAACACAUUUUCACUGUAUACCAUGGUUACUGAUGAUGUAUAUAAUUGCUCUCAGUCCCCUUCUCACCCCGUCCUCCGUCCUUCACCCCACAGCAGCAGUGACUUGGUUAAUUAUUUUAGUUGAGUAAAGCAUGGUGCUAAUAGACCAGGGUCACAGUUACAAAACUUUAGUGAGCCAUUUAGCAUCACAGAGAAAGAAAUUCUUCCACAUUUGCUCAUUGCACCGUUAACUCCAGCUAGUGCUUUUGCUAGAUGCAUGUGGUUAGUCCUGUAGGGAGAGAAGAGGUCAUUUAACACAAAGUCUUUACCAUUACUGGAAAAAAUUGUUAUCCUGAGGAGGGUCAGCUUAGAAGUCCUUAUAAAGCAUCUAGACUUUUUAGCCCCAUGGAAACUAAAUUAAGCCGAUAUUUUUUUCUCAUGUUUUUGAGAAUAAGGAUGCCUCAGAUCAAAAGUUUUUAAAUUUUCCUUAUUCAUAAUGUUCUUAGAAGGGUUUAAAACAGGAUGUUGAUUAAUUAGUCUGUGCAUACCAGAUAACAAGCUGAUGAGUUUGGUCAGAACAAGAAGUACCCUUUGGGUUGAAAUUGCUGUUUGAGAGGGGAAUGGAAAAUAUAAUUAAUUGUUAGUUAUGAGGAUUUGGAAACUUGGCUUUUCCAUUUGCAGAUAAUAUCCCGAUAAUUCUAAUGAAAAAUGGACUUGGAUAACUUUUGAUAAAAGACUAAUUCUACAUCAGCCUCUUUCUGUUCUGGUCUUCUAAUGUGUAAAUACUUACUGAGGUCCUCCAUCUUCUAAUAAGAGUUUUCAUUUAUUAAGCAAAUUCCACAUUAUCUUGAAAUGAAUUCAGAAGAGGGGAAGAAACAUACUGUACCCAGAGGAUAAAAAAACCCAUUGAGGCGUGCUCCUACUUGUUCAUUCUGAGAGCUUUCACGGUCCGCACCAUAAACAGACCGCAGCUUUGCUUCUGCUCCUCUUGGAGCAUUGCUCUGUGAUUUUCUCGAGGAUAGAUCGAGGCUUGUCACCUUAGUUGUCGUCAUUGUCUCCCCUUUCCUCUUCUUCCCAUUCCUCUUGUCUAUGUGACUGACAGUGUGACUCUUUAGUGUCAAAUUAGGGGGAAAAAAUAACUCAUUUUGGGCUUUUGUGCCCAUUACCCUUGUAUGUUUGUGUCUUUUAGUUUCCUCAAAUACGUUCUAAGCACAGAAGUAUCUAAACGGGGCCAAAAUUCAGACUUGAAAAUGUUCUUUUAAUAGCUUACAAAGUUACACUUUGGUGUGAAUUUUGGCACAGAGGAGUGACAAACGUAGUUAAACGCUGAAUAACUUCAGUUAGUGUGGUAUAAAAUAGUUUUUAGAAUAUGUUUGUGAUUGCUGAAAACAAUUAUAGUUUACCUCAAAAUCUGAAAGUCUCUUUCCCCAAGUUAAGUGCCUGGCCAGCUGUCAUAAAUUACAUAUUUAUGUUUGUUUGUUUUUUAAAGAUUGCAUGUUCAAGAUUGUGAAAACAUUCAAGACAGGUGUUCUGUCUGAAAGCUACCAUGCCUAUCUGUAAAUGGAUCUGCUGAGUGCUGUAUUUGCUCCAACAGCUUCCUCUUGAUUGUUACUUGGUAAUACAAUAUCAUACUUAUUACAGCUUUCACUUCAGGAGUGUAAUAGGUAAAAUUAUCCUCAAUAUGUAUUGUGAUGGGCCCCAUGUUUAGUCUUUCAUCAUCCUUUAAACUGCUGUGAAUUUUUUGUCUUGACUUGAAAGCAAGGAUAGAGAAACACUUUAAAGAGAUACUUUGGGUUUUCCAUUCCAGAAUUUGUGAGCAUAGUCAUAUUUUGCUUUACAGUUACAGUCAUGAACUCUUUAAGCUGGCAGCUACAACCAAGAACCAAAAAAAUGGUGCAUUCUGCUCCUUGUGAUUCAUCUCUUGCUAAUUAAUUAUAAGGAGCAAGGAUAACUAAUUAGAGAAAGUAUCUUAUUUGGGUGGUUUCUGUAAACAAGGGACUAUAAUUCUUGUACAUUAUUUUUCAUCUUUGCUGUUUUAGAAAUCUAAUGUGCCACAAAAUUAUUUUAAGGUGUUUCUUAUAAGAAUUGUUUUAAAAGCACUCGUUAUCAGAAUAAGUGUAGAUAUAUUUCAAAAUAUAACUGGUAAUUUUUAAAGGCCUGAGUACUGACCUAAGAAGCAAUCGUAUGAAUUCUCUGGAGGGAAGGGAGGAUCUCAAUGGAAGUUGUAUGACUUUUAUAUUUCUGUGCCAUCAAAUACAGUUUAAAAAUAUCACUUGUGCAAUUCUGCUGUUUAAACAGGAAUUUUGGCCUCCUUGGCCCUAAAUGAAAGGGCUGAUAUUUUAAGUUGACUAUUUUAUUGUAAAUUAAUCCAUCCUCACCUUUUUUUUUUUUAAUUUGGUUGAAUGUUUUUCUUGUUAAAUGUUUAAAAAAAUAAAAACUGGAAGUUCUUUGCUUAGUCAUAA